UCCCACACGCUCGUUCGUUCUUCUUUCUUUGCUGCCGGGAGGAGCCAUCCAUCAUGUAUCGUCCUCCCACUCGCAGAGCCUUCUUAUCGCCAGGAGACGCCUUGGAGGUCCGCACCCGCGUUAGUGUGGCCGACUGUAGGGAUGUCGCUCCCGACCAGCUCAGGCUUCUCUCUUCUUCCUCCACUGCGACUCUGACUCCAUCUUACCUGCCAUCUUCAAGAGAGUUCUGGCCCAUCAUCUCUGAGGAGGAGCACGAGUUACGAGGUGGUGGACCGGUGCAGGCAGGCCUUCGGAGAUUCAGCGAGCAGGACAUCAAAACCCGCAGUGCACGCGCCUCCCUUCUCCCUGCAGCUCGGAAACAUAAAUCCACCGUCUCGGAACCCCUUCUUUCAGUCUUCUCUUCGUGCCUUGCCUCCCGUCCAUACGGAAGGCCCGACGAGAUGGGUUUCACAAAGGAGAUGGAACCCCCUCGACUGCACAGUCACCGAAGGCCCUCCUCACCCACGAGCAGCAUCUCCACCCGAUCGAGCUUCGAAUCAAGGCAGAAGAGCCCCUUGAGCAUCAGCUCCUCGAUAGACUACGAAUCCAGCCGCACAAGCGACGACUCGUCGUAUUCGGGCAGCAAUGGCAAGCGCGACUUCCUUGCUUCGCGAUCCCCAAUCCCUCCGACCCCAACUCCUGGAAUUCGACGGAUGGUCACAGAACCAGUUGUGCCUACGUUUACACGAUAUGGAGCUGGCGGAGAGGGGAGACAACAGAUGCAGCAGACCACGCUGGUGAUACCGCCAAGGUUGGGAAAGGGUCCUUCCGGUCCGCCAUCGCCGAAGAGAAAAGUGUAUGCUCCGCGUAUGCUAGGUGACGGCUUCAAAAAAUUACCGGAGGAGAUUCUGCUCGUUGUCUUGGCUGAACUGAAGAAGUUGCACCUGGAUACUGGGAGUCUUAGUUGCUCGACUUGUUGGAUGAGAGAUCUGACGAAUCUGGGGCUUUGUUGCCAGAAAUGGUGGCGAGCAUCAAGAAUUGCAUUGUAUGAGGAUAUACAACUCACUGGUUGUGAUUCGACCUUUCAUAUCAAGAAGAAAUUCAAGAUUAAGUAUGGGACGAGACUAAUACUGCUGAGGCGGACUUUGCGGGCGCGCCCAGACUUCGCGAGUUACACCAAGUCAUUGAAAGUCCCCGCGAUGCCAGAUGUAGCAAAGAGCAAGAAAGAGCAGGACGAAUAUCUUGACCUUGUGGCAUCGAUCAUCAUGGCUUGUCCAAAUUUGGAACGCCUCCCAGGAUUCUACCCAACCUAUAAUCACGAAUUUUCUCGAUUUGUCAAUUCCUUGUCGACAAGGAAGAAAUUGGUCGAAAGGGUCUGGGUUAUCAAUGCCAGCCCAUUCCAGCGGCAACAUCGGUUCAAGCCUUCGGACAAAAGCCAAGACGUAAUUCCGACCCUUGCCCCAGGGCCACUUAUGCCCGAACAGUGUAUUGAUCUUAUCACAUAUCAUCGAAAUUGGAUGCAUCUCCAAACACUUGUUGUUCAUUGCAACCCUGGGGGAACUGUAGAUUCUCCGCUCUUUACGGACAUCUUUUGGUCACUGCCUGCUUUGGAGAAUCUGCAUAUAUCCAACUUUCCAGCAUCGUCUUUUAACGAUACAACUCUCCUGUCACUACCGCCUCUCAAAUUUCUUCGGCUAGAAAAUCUUCCUGGAAUAACGGACGAUGGACUUUCGAGCUACGCCGCCCCGAGGCGGACUGAUGCACUGACAUCGCUAACCCUCAUUUCAAUCCCUCUGAACUCACUGCAAGCACUGUCACGGCUCUUCUCCCAUCUCAAGUCGCUCACUUAUUUCACAAUUUUUCAACCAUACUCGCCAAUACUUCCAGAAGCAGACGAAAUAUUCCUUCAUCCAUAUUUGGCGAAUCGCAAGCUCGAGUAUCUCCACUGGGAGUUCUUGAACCCAGAUGACAACCAAGCCACUGACAUGAUGGCGAAAUCCAUCCUGUUCGGCGGCUUCCCAUCUCUGAAGACCAUCCGAGCACCAACCGACCACGAAGGCGCCUUGCAGCGACUUUGCCGACCAAGGGAGAAAAUCGAACUCCCAGGAGAUCGUUACAGAAACAUGGGCAUGCCAGGUUCCCGCCCUUCAUUACCACACUCCCAAAGCAUACCAAGCAUGCCGUCUCCCACUCGUUCCACCUUUUCUCUCGGCCAUGGACCUAACGGCUCCAUCAGCUCAAACUACGUCAAAUCUCCUACCCGCUCCACCUUCUCCCUCAACCUCGACCACUCAUCCCGAACCUCCGACGAUGCAAACUACCGCGACAAAGGCAUGUCCCUCUCCACCGCCCGACGCAUGGCCCAACAGCGCGCCGACUUUGCUGCCACACAGCCGCAAUUCCAUAUCAUCAUCUGGGAUGAAUUCGGACUCUUCGUUGAGCGGUUCGCGGUCGGUGGCUUCAUCGGGCAGAUUCAGAGUAAGAUUCAUUAUAGUCUGAAGCCGGACGUUGAUGGGAUGGAUGAGGCGAUUUUUGGAAUUGAAGGGUUGCUGGAUGGAGGCGAAGAGGUUAAUGGUAAGGAUGGGUGUACGGGGAGUUGGAAUCUGAUGGCGGGGGUGCAGGAGAAGGGGAAAGGGGGUGGGAAGGAUGAGAAGAAGGGGAAGGAUAGGUGGUGGCAUACGGAGAGGGGAAGAUGGAGAGAGGUACCGCUUGAGAAGCUUUUCUAGGAGAUGUAAAUUGUCUGAUGGGGCGAUGGAUGGGAUAUGAUACCCUGAGAGAUGAAUGAAUACUACAUACUGAAAUGAAGCAUGAUGAAUUAGAAUUGUG